GGUGCUGGAGCAGAGAUACCCACCUCGAUGGAGGAGAGAGGGAUGGAGGAAGUGAAACUGUCAGCAGUAGAAGACAAAGCAGCAGUAGAGGAAGCUGUGGAGGAGAGAGUAGCUCAGGAGAAGACAGAGGAUAGCACAGCGCAGAAUAAAGAGACGGAGGAGAGAGAAGUAGACGUAGAGAGAGAGAUGGAGGAGACGUAGAGGUCGUGACCCCUUGCCCUACAGAGAGCCAUGGUCUCCAGGGAACCAUUAAAGGUCAUGACCUCUUCGGCUACGUGGGUAUCGAGGCUGUUCUGGACCAGAUGAGACGCAAGACCAUGAAGGCUGGCUUCGAGUUCAACAUCAUGGUCGUGGGUCAGAGUGGACUAGGGAAGUCGACCCUGGUCAACACUCUGUUCAAGUCUAAAGUCAGCCGCAAGUCCUGCAGCCCAAACUACGAAGAGAAGAUCUCCAAGACUGUCAAACUGCAGUCCGUCAGCCAUGUGAUAGAGGAGAAGGGAGUGAAGAUGAAGCUCACAGUGAUUGACACGCCAGGAUUUGGAGACCAGAUAAACAACGAAAACUGUUGGGAGCCUGUAGUGAGUUAUGUUAAUGAGCAGUAUGAGAGGUACCUGAAAGAAGAGCUGUACGUCAACAGGAAGCCGAGGAUCCCUGACACACGCGUCCACUGCUGUGUCUACUUCCUGCCUGCCACCGGACACUGGUUACGUCCCAUAGACGUGGAGUUCAUGAAGAGGCUGGGGAAGAUAGUCAGCAUCGUACCGAUCAUCGCUAAGGCAGACACACUCACCAUGGAGGAGAGACAAGAGUUUAAACAGAGGAUAAGACAGGACCUGAAGGCCAAUGGGAUCCGAGUCUACCCUCAGACGGAGUACGACGAAGAUCCAGAGGACAGGAUACUCAACGACAAGAUCAGGGAAAACAUUCCGUUUGCGGUGGUGGGGACAGACAAGGAGCACCAGGUAAACGGGAACAAGGUCCUGGGCAGGAAAACCAAAUGGGGCAUCAUAGAGGUUGAAAACGUGGCACAUUGUGAGUUUACCAACUUGAGAGAUCUGCUGAUUAGGUCCCACCUGCAGGACCUGAAGGACGUGACCCACAACAUCCACUAUGAGACAUUCCGCGUCAGGAGGCUGAACGAGAGUAACCUGACCAUCCACGGUCUGGCCCUGUCCUGCUUUCCAAUGGAGAACGGGACCCACGGAACCAACGGAACCAAUGGAACCUCGGACAGGAGCGAAUCAGAGAGCCACCUCUGAGGGGGAUCACAGAGUGCGUCGCACACAGCAGCAGCUCCAGCUUCCUGCUCACAGCUUCCUGUUUCCUGUUUUGACUGCAAAAUGGUUGGUCGACUGUUUCCCCCAAUCGGAACACGAGAAAGAGAGCGAAAGAAAGAAAGAGGAACUUUUUUUUUUAACAAAGGAGAGAUGUUUUCGGUGGCCACCACACCUUGGAUUUUGAACAUUUUAUUGAGUUUUACUAAAGACAUUAUUGAUAAGAAAUGCAUUUAAACUUCAUAUAUGAAUAUAUUUUCUCAGAAUGAGUUUAUAUGUCCUGGAAGCAGGGUCACACAGGGCUGGAAGAGCAGAGAUACAUGGAGAGAGAAAAACAGAGGGGGAAAGUGAGGGAUGGAGAGGGGGAGAGUGAGGGAUGGAGAGGGGGAGAGUGAGGGAUGGAGAAGGGGAGAGUGGGGGAUGGAGAAGGGGAGAGUGGGGGAUGGAGAGAGAAAUGAAAACAGAGAGAGGGAGAGAGAGGUGGAGAGAGAGUGGGAUAGAGAGAGAGAGAGAGAGAGAGAGAGAGAGAGGGAGAGAGAGAGAGAGAGAGAGAGAGAGAAAACAGAGGGGAGAGAGAGAGGUAGGGUGAGAGAUGGAGAGAGAGAGAGAGAGAAAACAGAGAGGGGAGAGAGAGAGAGAGAGAGAGAGAGAGAGAGAGAGAGAGAGAGAAAACAGAGAUAGGGAGAGAGAGGUAGGGUGAGAGAUGGAGAGAGAAAGAGAGAGGGGAGAGAGAGGAGGAGGUGUGUUAUGUGCUCAGACAAUGUUGUUUCUGCAAUACAUAAUAUAUAUGUUUAUGCAGGAUCAUUGUUUACACUCAUACUACCCUGGAAUUCAGAAUACUGGAAUCACCUGCCUGAGAGUGAUUUACAGUAUACUGUAGUUAACACAGCUACAGCCUCCUGUAAUCUACAGUAUACUGUAGCUAACACAGCCUCCUGUUUCUACAGUAUACUGUAGCUAACACAGCUACAGCCUCCUGUAAUCUACAGUAUACUGUAGCUAACACAGCCUCCUGUUUCUACAGUAUACUGUAGCUAACACAGCCUCCUGUAUUCUACAGUAUACUGUAGCUAACACAGCUACAGCCUCCUGUAAUCUACAGUAUACUGUAGCUAACACAGCCUCCUGUUUCUACAGUAUACUGUAGCUAACACAGCUACAGCCUCCUGUAAUCUACAGUAUACUGUAGCUAACACAGCCUCCUGUUUCUACAGUAUACUGUAGCUAACACAGCCUCCUGUAUUCUACAGUAUACUGUAGCUAACACAGCUACAGCCUCCUGUAUUCUACAGUAUACUGUAGCUAACACAGCAUCCUGUAUUCUACAGUAUACUGUAGCUAACACAGCAUCCUGUAUUCUACAGUAUACUGUAGCUAACACAGCUACAGCCUCCUGUAAUCUACAGUAUACUGUAGCUAACACAGCCUCCUGUUUCUACAGUAUACUGUAGCUAACACAGCCUCCUGUAUUCUACAGUAUACUGUAGCUAACACAGCAUCCUGUAUUCUACAGUAUACUGUAGCUAACACAGCUACAGCCUCCUGUAUUCUACAGUAUACUGUAGCUAACACAUCUACAACCUCCUGUAUUCUACAGUAUACUGUAGUUAACACAGCUAGAGCCUCCUGUAUUCUACAGUAUACUGUAGUUAACACAGCUACAGCCUCCUGUAUUCUACAGUAUACUGUAGCUAAUACAGCUACAGCCUCCCGUUUCUACAGUAUACUGUAGCUAACACAGCUACAGCCUCCUGUUUCUACAGUAUACUGUAGCUAACACAGCCUCCUGUUUCUACAGUAUACUGUAGCUAACACAGCUACAGCCUCCUGUAUUCUACAGUAUACUGUAGCUAACACAGCUACAGCCUCCUGUAUUCUACAGUAUACUGUAGUUAACACAGCUACAGCCUCCUGUAUUCUACAGUAUACUGUAGCUAACACAGCUACAGCCUCCUGUUUCUACAGUAUACUGUAGCUAACACAGCUACAGGCUCCUGUUUCUACAGUAUACUGUAGCUAACACAGCUACAGCCUCCUGUAUUCUACAGUAUACUGUAGCUAACACAGCUACAGCCUCCUGUAUUCUACAGUAUACUGUAGCUAACACAGCUACAGCCUCCUGUAUUCUACAGUAUACUGUAGCUAACACAGCUACAGCCUCCUGUAUUCUACAGUAUACUGUAGCUAACACAGCUACAGCCUCCUGUUUCUACAGUAUACUGUAGCUAACACAGCUACAGCCUCCUGUAUUCUACAGUACCCACGUCCAUUCAGCUACAGCCUCCUGUAUUCUACAGUACCCACGUCCAUUCAGCUACAGCCUCCUGUAUUCUACAGUACCCACGUCCAUUCAGCUACAGCCUCCUGUAUUCUACAGUACCCAGGUCCAUUCAGCUACAGCCUCCUGUAUUCUACAGUACCCACGUCCAUUCAGCUACAGCCUCCUGUAUUCUAGUACCCAGGUCCAUUCAGCUACAGCCUCCUGUAUUCUACAGUACCCAGGUCCAUUCAGCUACAGCCUCCUGUAUUCUACAGUACCCACGUCCAUUCAGCUACAGCCUCCUGUAUUCUACAGUACCCACGUCCAUUCAGCUACAGCCUCCUGUAUUCUAGAGUACCCAUGUCCAUUCAGCUACAGCCUCCUGCAUUCUACAGUACCCAGGUCCAUUCAGCUACAGCCUCCUGUAUUCUACAGUACCCACGUCCAUUCAGCUACAGCCUCCUGUAUUCUACCGAGGGUCGAGUGUCUGUGUGUUUUUGUUUUUUCCCAAUUCAAUUAAAACCUAGACAACCAGAUGAAGGGAAUCCUAAUUAAUUAGUGACCUUAAUUCCUCCAGCAAGAACGAGGGUUGGGGCGAAAACCUUCAGACACUCUGUUCUCUGUGCAAUGAGUUCGUGGUCUGUUUUGCUACUGUGUGAAUCCUGCAAUGUGGCUUUGCUUGAAUUCCUCCAUCUCUCAAAGGAUGGCAGCCUUUUGUUAAACUCUGUAUGAAUACUGUCAGAGCCGUAGUCUAGCCUGUGUAUGGCUUUAUGAACCUCUCUCUAUGACUCUGUAUGAAUACUGGCAGAGCCGUAGUCUAGCCUGUGUAUGGCUUUAUGAACCUCUCUCUAUAACUCUGUAUGAAUACUGGCAGAGCCGUAGCCUAGCAUGUGUAUGGCUUUAUGAACCUCUCUCUAUGACACGGGCAUAAGGCCUGUAAUAUAUUCAGACGCUGCAUUUCAUUUAAUAUGCAUGUUGACUUUAGAAAUAAAAAUAAAGAAGAAGAAAAUGUA